AUGAGCUCCAAACAAACCGACCCAGUCCCCGCCUACGAAGAUCUCUUCGAGCAAAGGCCCCAAAACAAAAGAACAGGCUACUCGCACAUCCCACCCACGGACCCAGAAGCCGACCUAGAAAACCAGGCUCACACUACCCACGAGUACGAGCAUGAUUUGCCCGCACAGGCACAGGUACAGGCACAGGCUCCAGCAUCUGGAUCAUCUGCUACUCGUACUGCCGGGCAACAGCCACCGCGGGAACACUUCCACUGCGAGACAUGUGAUCUGCAGCUUGAGAGACGUGAGAAGAGAGAGUCCGAACGUCAGCAUUGCAAGACUGUCUCACAGACAUUUAUCUUUUUGGGACUUCUGAUAACUCUUAUGUUGAUUAUUAUUAUUCCUACUGUUGCUUCUAUGAAGAAGAGGCGUUACUAG